AUGGAAUCAGAUUCAGAUGAAAGUUGGGAGUCUGACGAAGAUUUACCCCUGCUAAAUCCCAAACGACCUGUUCCCGAAAAGGUUGGAUAUCUCAGUAUAUGUGGACAGAAUUUUCCAUUGCAUAAAGGAUGCAACAAAAUAGGAAAAGACCCAGAAACAUGUGAUGUAAUUUUAAACUUUGGUUGUAUUUCGAAAGAACAUGCUUUGAUAAAUAUAAUAGAUAAAAAAGAAUUAAUGGUUAUGGAUUUAGAAUCUGAGACGUAUACAAAAUUAUCAUCUACCUGCUUAAGUCCAUACAUGCCUCGCCGAAUAAAAGACGGAGCCAUAGUGCAGUUUGGAGAUUUCUUUGGGGUAGUAAACCUGUUCAAAGAAGACGAUGCGCAACCAAUAACGCAGGAUAAUGUCUCCCCGGUUAUACCAGUCACCUCCAAUGAAGUCUCGAACAUCAAUGAGGCCCCAACCCCCUUGAUACAUGAUCUUCCUUCAGAGCCACUUGGUGGUAACAACACGGCUGGCUCAUCUGAAACAGAAUCAAAACCGAAACGUAGAAAACUAGAAACAGAAGGACCUAGCACAUCGACAACUUCAUUCAGUGUUGUUGACAGCCCUAGCACUAGCUUCUACGAAUCAUCCGGACCGCGUGAAAUUGGCCAUGAUAGUAUUGCAAAUUGUGAAGACGACAUACUAGGACACACAACAAAACAUUUACCUAAAGUACGCAAAUUUGAUGACCAGCAUGAAAUGCAGUUAGAUAUUUAUGCCGCCACCGCCAACAAAGAGAAUAACGAAGAAACAAAGGCCGUACGCGUGGAGCCGAAGCUCUUGGUGAUCCCGGAGAAGACAUCAUCGUUCAGCAUCCACUCGGGACAACAGUGCAAGGACCAGUGUUCCUACUGCAAGACCAAGUUCCGUCUCUUCGACAAACCAUGCCACAUCGCUCAGAUCAAGAAACCAGAAAUACAGAAGAAAGUUCUGAACAACGAGAAGGUACUGACUGUAGACAGUUGCCUAUGUGAUACGUGUUUUCGAUACGUACUCCGGCGCAACAACUACCCCCCUCGCCGCAGGCGACCGCCCAUCAAACACUCCACUACCGUAACGUACAAGUUCCCCAAAAAACGCAACAUAAAAGGACGACGGCAACUGAAAAAUGAGACAAAGAAUAUACAAAAUGGCAAACUUAAAAAGAAACCCGGACGCAAAUCUAAAAACAGGAAAUCUAAAGCAGCUAAUGACAAAAUUGACGGUGAGUCUUCUAAAAAGCCUAACGACAGUACCCUUGACGAAAUCAUAGUUAUAGAAAGCAGUGACGAUGAAAAACAGCAAAGGUCAGACCAGAACAAGACCCCAGUUCCCGAUGAUCAUAACCACCAAAGUAAUAGAUCUGAGGCAGACAGGCAAACAGAACUUAAACAACAGAAAGACCCCACACAAUUUCUGCCUAACUAG